AUGUGGUACAAUACAAGUAAAGAAUGCGGUUUGGCCGCGGCCAGGGCAGCGGACGAGAAAAUGAAAAAAAUAUGGGAACGCCCUCCCCUCGAUGGAAUUCUUGCCAAUAUGUAUCGAGGAGGUGGAGCCACAGGGGGGGUGACCUACUGCCAAGGCUACACCGACAUCGACGGGAACUGGAACAACGGAUUCCCGUGCAAAAAGUGGGCUGGUGACGACGAGCAAUAUUGCUGUGGGGACGACCGGAAAAGGUUCUGCUGUCCGGAGAAAUCUCCCAAUAAAACAGGAAACACCUCAAACAAACCCAACAGCAGCAGCAACAACAACAGCAACAAGCCCAGUAUCAAUCAUCAACAACAACAGAUAUCGUUAGAUAAGCCCGGAGGCUCAAAGAAUAGGUCACCACCUUCAAACAGGUCACACGACCUUGACGAAGGUCAAAGUUCACAGUCAUUAUCGUCGUCGUUAUUUUCAGCCAGUAAUUCAUCAUCUUCGUCGUCACCAAUCACUGUACCCCGUGGUGGGGCCAUCAGCAGUGUUGAAAGUAAUGAGAAUGUCGAUACGUUUCCCAUGCUUCCAAUGGUACUGACGCUUUCGUUGACGGCUGCCAUCUUGCUGAUUGUGGCUGGAAUCAUCUGCUGCUUCUUUUGCAAAUGCUGCCUGGCCAUAAGUCAUGAUGAUGAUGAUGGUGCGAGUGAGGGUUGUGGUAGUAGCGAUGAUGGCGAUUGUUGUGGUGGUUGUGGCGGCGACGAUGAUGAUAACAGUUACUGUGUUUAUGAUGCUGAUCAACAAAACAACAACAACAACAACAAUGAUGCUGAUCAUUAA